AAGAGAUCCGCAAAUCUGGUAGAAGGUGUUUAUAUGUCACAAGAUAAUCACAGAGCAGGGCAAAGUCACAAUGAACAGCAAUACUCAGGACGUGUGGAAGCGAUGCGACCAGAUGCGAAGGCUAUACAUGAUGAGCGUAUGCGUCGAGUCAAAAGCAAGCCAGUCUUUGGUGUAGGUGGCCCCAUGCCUGAUCGGACAGACGAGAAGCAGGAGGACAAGCAUCCAAGUGUUGGUGAGAAUAAUGACGAUUCUGUGCGCUCCCCUAUCGGACAGACAGGUGGACAGGUAGGCGGUGUCAUUACAGAUGCGACAGACGAAGAUAAAGCCCAGGAUAUCGACAACUCGAAACCAGAUCUCACUCAUCAGAAUACAGAGUCAACCUUUAAGCGAAUGGGUGAUCGAGAGCUCAACGAGAAUGACGGUAGUACAGCAAAUGAAAACGCAAGUCCUAGUGGACAAAUCGGAGGUAACUUACACUCACAAUGGCUUGAUAUGGAUGAGACCCAAGAGAAAUUCGAUAACCCGAAUGAACCAAUCUAUAAUUUCUGGUUCAAGUGGCGUGAAAAUUUUCGUGAACCAUUGGCUGAAUUCUUAGGUGCUUGUAUAUUAAUCAUUAUUGGAGUGGGAUCAACUGUUCAGACAUUGGUUUACACCAAGGAUCCCACAGCAGCAUACUCUAAUCUCAACUGGGCUUGGGGUGUUGCCGUUAUGACAAGCGUCUACAUCUCUGGUGGUAUUUCCGGUGGACAUCUCAACCCAGCAUUAACGACCUCUUUGGCACUCUUUAGAGGUUUUCCCUGGAAACUUGUUGGAUUGUAUUGGAUAGCACAAAUUUUGGGAUGUUUUGCAGGCGGUCUUAUCGUAUAUGCGAUGUAUUACCAAGCACUGGAUGUGUUUGACCCCAACAAGUCUGUCUCCCAGAGUGGGACAGCUGGUCUUUUCGUCACUAUGCCUGCAACUAGUCUCUCACAUGUUGGUCUUUGUGUUUUCCAAGAGAUAAUUGCUAGCGCUGUCUUGAGUAUUGCAAUUCUAGCUCUUGGUGACCGCGAUAACACCCCACCUGGUGCUGGACUCGGUGCUCUCGUCAUUGCUUUCGUGAUUAUGGCUAUAGGGACUUCACUGGGCGCUUUGUCUGGAUAUGCGAUGAAUCCAGCAAGAGAUCUUGGUCCUCGAAUCGCUUUAUCCUGCGUAGGCUACAAUGCAAGAGCGCUGUGGACACACGAUAGAGCCUGGUGGGUGACAGGACCAGUUUGUGGUUCCCUCAUGGGUUCUUUCCUAGGGAGUAUGGUCUACGAUACCCUAAUAUACUCCGGUUUGGGUUCGCCGGUUAAUUUCACGAGCAAGCAGUGGGAAAGACUGCUCACACCUCACAACAUGGUGAAAGCCGGUCUAGAAAAGAGAAAACGAGAGAAGGCUGAGCGCCAACGUAAUGAAGAAUCGUCCAGGAAGGGCGAUAAAGCUGUAUAGAAAGAAAAUGGAAUAAAUUAUUGUAUUUGCAUCUU